UCAACGGGAAGGUCACACUGAGAUUUGACGGCAGAACAUGAGCGGAAGGCCCGAUGAUACACUGGUCAAGAUCGUGGGCUACACGAGCUCGACAAUCAAGGCGGACAAGGUGUCCAAGUCCAUCGGGUAUGGCUUCGCGUUCCUCGCGCGGGUGAUCGAGCUGUACGCGAAGAAAUCGACACGACACUCGCAAGGCCUAAGCGCCGUGGCCGGUCAGAUCGCGUAUGCCCGGUACGUCACGCGCUUCACGGGCGUCUUCGAGUGCCUGGAAGCCCUCAAGAAUGGGUCUUGGGUCGGCACCGACGACAACGACCACCUCAAGCGCGUCGUGACGUUGCAGGUGUACUCGAUGCUUCUGUACUACCCCCUGGAACAUGCGUCCUUUGUCGGGUUUGUCGCUCCGAAAUGGUUUCCGUCUCUGGACGCGUCCAAGUGUUCGCGCCAAUCGUGCAUGGCGUGGGGAGUGUACGUGGCGCUGGACCUUUACGCCAACCAAACGCGGUUGAACCUCUUGGCCGAGCAGGAACGACAACUCGUGGCCAAGAUGUCGUUAACCAGCGAACGCGAGGUACGUACGUACGUACCUCGGCUGGUCAUAUGAACUCACUGGACUGUAGCGAACUGCAAAACUCGCCUCCCUCAAGCACAAGUAAAUGCAUGCGUAUAUGCUAAUGGAUAGGUUGACUGACGUGGGCCUAGACGACAGAACAUUCGGAUCAACCAGUUCCGCAACAUGAUGUACCUCCCACUGUGCAUCCACUGGUCCACCGAGAAAGGAAUCCUGCCUGAGGUCGUGACCCAGCUUUUGGCGUUUGCAGAAGCCGUGGUGGGGACGUGGCAAACGUGGCCGCACUGAAUGGACCGUGGCUGGCUAGUAUUACUAGUAGUAGUAGCGUUAUGGUCAUCUACGAGCUGCUUACCCACGUGCUUGCUGCUGCCACAUUCCCUUCCCUAUAUUGCAUGUGUUAAAAGUAAUCAAGAGAGUAAGAUCGAUUUCAUUGGCUA